GAGUCAGUCAGCGACAAUUAUUCGUAAUCGCAAGAAGUGUCAGCGAGAGAAUAUAUAUUGUAACAGUUUCUGUGCGCGAUAUAACUCUUAUUAUGGAUUACACUAAAUUCUAUUCUAAAGUCACCAAUAAACGAAGAAGCAACUUAAUUAGACAUUUAAAUACUGUCUACAUGUCGCAUCCAAACGGUAUAAAUUUUGCUGGUGGUUGGCCAAAUGCUGCUACAUUUCCUGUCGAAGAUUUGUCUGUGAUAUACAAGCUCAACAAUUUGAUAAAAUUUAGCAAGCCUGAAUUGACUAUAGCAUUGCAAUAUCUAUCUUCACAAGGUUACAAACCGCUAUUGGAAAAAUGGAAGGAAUUCCAGAAAACGUGGCAUACACCAAUGCAAAACAAUUGGGAUGUCGCAACGACGUGCGGUUCCCUGGACGGUGCCAGUAAAAUCUUUGAAAUGAUGAUCAAUGAAAAUGACGCAGUUUUACUCCAAACGCCAGUAUAUACUGGAAUAAUCGGAGCGCUGCUACCGCUGUCACCAGAUAUUAUAGAGAUCCACCAAGAUGGCGAAGGGAUCAAUCCCGAAGAGAUCGCCAAAGAAUGCGAGCAGAGACUUGCGACUGGUAAACCGAUGCCAAAAUUACUUUACAUUAAUCCAACCGGAUCGAAUCCUACAGGCGCCGUUUUGUCGGAGACCCGACGAAGGAAAGUGUACGAAUUGGCGCAGAAAUACAACUUCCUGAUCGUCGAGGACGAUCCUUACUAUUUUGUUCACUUCUUAGAUAAACAGCCCACAUCGUUUUUCUCUUUGGACACUGACGGUCGCGUAAUCAGAUUGGAUUCGAUCAGUAAGAUAAUGAGCGCCGGGCUUCGCGUCGGAAUCGUUACAGCCCACAGAGACGUUGUGCAAAAACUGAUUCUUCAUAUGGAAAAUUCUACUAUGCAAACAUCAUCUUUAUCCCUAAUGCUUCUAUAUAAACUAUUCGAAGUUUGGGAACCACAGAAAUUCGAGGAACAUUUCAAAGAUAUACAAAAGUUUUAUCGGGAACGACGUGACACAAUGCUAGCCAUGGUUGAAAAACAUUUAACAGGUUUGGCGGAAUGGUACGUUCCGCAAGGUGGAUUCUUUCUUUGGGUCAAGCUGAUAUCUAUAGAUAAUGUAAUAGACUUAGUGAUGAAAAAAUGCGUGCCUCAAGGUGUCGUUGUUGUUCCUGGAAAUGCCUUUUACUAUGAUCCUUCAAAACCUAGUAAAUACUUAAGAUUGAGCUACAGUUAUGCCUCGCCGAAAGAGAUAGACAAGGGAUUAUCUAUAAUAGCCAAAAUAAUACGCGAAGAAGUAGCGAAGAAAAAUAAUAUUGAAGGAGCAUGUUGCAUGUGAAAGGAUUUUUAUUGUCGCGUACAUAUUAUCUAAAGGUUGUUCCGCCGAUGCAGGAUGCCUCUCCUAGGCCUGCUCCUCCUCUCAGAUCCUCAUGGUUGCUGCGUCGAUCUAUAACAUACAAAUAAAAAAUCCAAAUUGUAAUAGCAUUUAAAAUGAUUAAUACUUCAAAAAAUUACUAUUGUACGCAUUGCAUUUUAUACUCGAUAUAAUAAUAAGCAGAUUGAUUAAAU